AUGACGUCUACGACUAAAGAAAACAUCGAGGAAAUCUGUGAUCUGAUAUUAACAGAUCGGAGAUUGACCAUCAGACUUUUAUUUAUUCCCAAACCAAAAAAACACCUUGGAGAUCAAAAAUUUUCAUCAAAUGACGAGGUCGAAGCUGCGGUGGGUGACUUUUUUGAAGGCCUUGAAGAAACUUUUUUUAUGACCGGCAUACUGGCGUUGGAAACCAGAUGGAAGAACGUGGAACUAACAUUCGAACUUUCCGAUAGUGCCGUAGAAUGUUUUUAUCAAGAAAUAGAAAAGAACACAUCGGCUGCAUUAGAAUAUCAGGUAAUAACAGGUGGACAGUAUGAUGUAGAUGUAAAGAUAGAAGGACCAAAUAGGCAAAUAAUCUAUCAACAACAAAAAAUGCAAUAUGAUUCUCACCAAUUUACUGCACAGUUAACAGGUAUCUACAAAGUUUGCUUUAGCAAUGAAUUUAGUACAUUUUCACACAAACUGGUGUACAUGGAGUUAAAUGUUGGCCCUGAGGAACCUCUUCCUGGCAUUGGAGAACAUGCAACUGUUCUUACACAGUUGGAGACAUCAGCUGAAGAAAUACAUUCUGCAUUGAAUAGAAUCAUAGAUCAUCAAACCCAUCACAGAUUAAGAGAAGCACAGGGCCGUAAACGAGCUGAGGAUUUGAACGAAAGAGUUUUCUGGUGGUCCAUGGGUGAAACACUGGCAAUCAUGUGUGUUACAUUUGCCCAGGUUAUGAUAUUAAAGAAUUUCUUCAGUGACCGACCAACAUAUACCCGAAUGUAAUUUUAGGUAAUUGUAUAGAGUAUUUAUUAAAAAUUGAGUUACAUAUAAUUUUGAUUAAUUGUUUUGUUUCAUUUCUAUACCUAGUUUUUCAUCAUUGAACAUUGUUAUGCAAAGAGUUAGAUUAAUGUUAAUGUAUUGAAUGUUAUCUGCCGAUUGAGAAUUACAUAUGACAUGAUUUAUUCAAAUUUAUUUACAUUUUGUAUAAAAUAAGUUUUACAUAAAGUCAGACUAAUAGUGAUACAAGUUUUUAGUGGUGCCAAUGAAAUUCACUCUUGUUCUUUUGUCACCUUUCAUAAUAAAAGUAUUAUGUACAUAAGGAUGGUUUAGAAUAAAACUAAUAAUGCAAAGACACCAUUAACUAAAGCGCAGGGAUAUGCUAUCAAAGGUCUCUGCUCAGAAUCACCUGACAUAGUUACAAAUAAUCUGCUAGCAGACAAUGCAGACCAAAUCACUGCUACUCCUGAAAGAGAAAUACCAAGUACUCCUUCAAGAGACACAAAUAUACCUAAACCAGCAAGAACCACCAUAGGUAACAUACAAUAUCCUAACACACUGGCUACACUUAAAACUGUAAAAACACCCUCAGUUCGACUCAUGAGUGACAAUAAGAAAUACAUUAAAAUAACAGACAUUACUGACAAGCCAUAAACAUAACCAAAAUGGGCUUUGUUUCCUGACAAAAAUAAACAUACAGCGAGUGCUAGACAAAAGGCGAUUGGUCCUGCAAUAUCUGUAUCUCUUAGUAAGAAAUUUGCAUCGUCUGCUUUUGACUGUCCAUGAAAUGGAUUUAAAACAGCCAAUGUCUUCUCUAGGAUUCUAUCUGGAUAUAUUUCUAACUCAUCUAACAGUGGUGGUUCAUCGAAUUCGUUUGCUUCUAUAUUGGACUCUACUGGUACUGGAGCCGGCGUAAAUAAAUUAGGAUUAUAAUAUUGAUUGUUGUUUGCUUGCAUGGACCCUUGUCCUUGAUCAUAUGAAAAGUUUUGUUGCUCUGUAGGAAAUGUUUGAAAGUCCAAUGUUUGAGCUGGAUCAGUAAACGUAGCGGUUGUGUCAAAAGAAUAGUUUUGACUAUUUUGAGUUUGCCACGCAUAAUCGUUUGGAUUAUAAUUGGCCAUAUUUCCUUCUUUAUUUAAAAUGAUAAAUAAGGAACAUAAAACACUAUUACUCUUGUAUUAGUCCAUCGGAUAAAUAAAAAACAUACACGUUACGUCUGAUUGUCACUGUCAGU